AUGGUUGCGCCUAUGCUCUCACUCCUACUGCGAGCAGUGGGACCUGAGGUACUUCUUGGUGCAAUGCUGAAGCUAGCCGGUGGCGUCCGCAGCCUCAGUCAGGACGUCGGCGGAUUCUUCGCUUCGGUGGCACCGAGCCCUUUGGAGGUAGAGCAGGACUUGUUUAUAGCUAUGCCGAUGGCCCUGCCAUCAGCACUUGUGAAGUUUAUGUACGUGACGGGGGCGAUCGUUUGCGCCGCCGUCCUGCUGCUGAUCGUCCAUUUGACCCGAGCCGUGCUUGGGAUCUGUAAGUGGCGACGCAGCGCUGAAGCUGGGGAAGAACCUGUCGCUGAGCAGCUGAACUCAGAAGCAGACGAAGGCGAGAGCCAACGCUUGCCAACUGCAGAGGAGGAGUUGGUGCGUCAACAAGCCGAGCACAAGUUAGCGAUGCAAGCUAUGCAGGAGAAAUUGGCUGCAGCCGAGCGCGAGCGCGAUGCCGCGCGGCUGGAGCUCGAGAACUCGUGCGCCGAUGUCGCCAGGAAGAUCGCGGAGCACGAGGAAGUGCAAGCGUGGUCGAUCUCUGCCGCUGUCACUAUCAAACGUCUCCGAAAGGAGGUAGCGGCACUUGAGACGUCCCUUGCAGCUGAGAGGAGCAAGAGACAGGCCUGGAUGGAAGCUUACGAUGCACGCGAAGAGGAGCUGCACCGACGCGAACUGGAGAUAAUCAGACGCGAGCUCCGCUGCUACAAAGAGGAGACUUGGGCAGAAGUUGCCAUCGCUGAGCUGCGAGCUACCUUUCCGCUGAGUCCUAUGACUGACAAGCAGGUAGACGCGGAUCGGCAGAUGAAGCACAAGGUCAAGAAAAGGCCACCAGAGCUAACAGACUGGUUGGCCGACGAUGGUGCAGAGGGGGAGACAGAUGAAGGGUGGUGCCGCCGGGGAACCGGGUCUACACAAGUUUUUUCGAUGGACACGCCGCGUACAGGGGAGGACUCUGAGGCUACAUGGUCGUCAUCUGAGGAAACAACCUCGGAGGCUUAG